AUGUAUAGUGACUGCGUGGUCUUCCGUAAUGAGCUUACUGCUAUCCAACUGCAGAGUCAGGCUAACAAGACAGAAGGACAGAUCAAAGAAGAGUUUGAGAAACUACACAAGUUCUUGCAUGAGGAAGAGGCAGCACGAAUAGCCAAACUUCGGGAGGAAGAGGCCCUGAAGAGCAAAAUGCUUGAGGAUAGCAUUGAGACCAUUGGUGAGAAAUUAGCCUGUCUCACAGAGACGAUCGAAAACGUCGAGAAGGAGAUGGAAACAGAGGACAUGUCUUUUCUGGAGAGCUUUAAGGACAUUAAGAGAAGGGUGCAGUGCACAUUAGAGGAUCCAGAAACCAUCCCUGUGCCACUCAUAGAUGUGUCCAAACACCUGAGUUCAUUGAAAUAUCAAGUAUGGGAGAAAAUGAUGAGUAUCGUGCAAUACGUUCCUUUGACCCUGGAUCCAUUGUCUGCCCAUCCCCAGUUAUCCCUGUCGGAGGAGCUAACCAGCGUGCGCUACAGCUUCCGGGGCAAAUCCCUUCCGGACAAUCCGGAACGGUUUGACCUUUACGUGUUUGUGCUGGGAGUACAGGGUUAUGGAAGUGGCGCUCACAGCUGGGAGGUGGAAGUGGGCAAUAAGCCCAACUGCCGUAUCGGCGUGGCCUGCAGAUCCGUACGGAGGAAGGGGAACUUUUCUAUAUGCCCGAAAGAAGGAUUCUACACCAUCGUCAUUCGGAACAGGGAGUUUCGAGCGGGAACAGCGCCAGAGACCCGUCUGGAUUUCCACAAAAGGCCUCAGAGGAUUAGGGUGUGUGUGGACUGCGACAAAGGUGAAGUCUCAUUCAUUGACCCCAGUGAGAACACAUUGAUCUACACCUUUAAAGAUGUCUUUACAGAAGAAUUGUACCCUUUCUUUGGCCCAUCAAAAGACUCUGCACCAUUACGCAUAUGUCCUAUAUCAGUGUCUGUAAAAUGUGACUUGUAA